AUGAACGAUUUAAAACGCGAAAAUAUCGAACCGGAAAUUCUUCGCUCCUCGCUUGAUCUUGUUAUAUUACAAUUGGUACGUUUAGGUCUUGAUCCACGAACAUUCCCGUUUAUGGAUGCACCUGACACACACGUCUUGACGAGUUCACUUGACCUGCUCACUCGUCUCUCUUGCAUUAUCAAUGAAACAACAAUUACUUUACGAGGUCAACUCUUUACGGAACUAUCAUUGGAUCCUCGACUGGGUGCACUUAUGACCAAUACUUACGUGGAUGUCGGAGGAGAACGUUUAUUAGCUCGAAGUGCAAUAAUUGUUGCCAUUCUUUCGGCACCUGGUUCACUCUUCUACAUGGGUGGUGCUAGUAAAGAAGCUAAAGCCGAAGCUCGUAGUCGAGUGGCUGUUGGUGCAUCCGAAUUCGAUAGUGAUCUGUUCUAUCUUUGUAGUGUGUACAAGAAUUGGGAGAAUGCCGGACUUAUAGAUCCGGUGCAUAGACGAUGUACAACUUGUCAAAAAGUAGUUUCGAAACGAUUAGAUAGUUGUCGAUCGUGUCGUACGCAACACGCAAAUAUCAAUGGACUUAAUAAUAAAGUUCUUCAGAUAGUUUAUCGUUCGUUCGAAUUCUACAUGAAAACGAUUCUGAAUACUCGAUGGAAACUGACUGCAUCGAGUAAUGUGGUGAUCGAAUCGGACGAACGAGAUGCAAUUGGAGAACAACUUUACAAAUUAUUUCCAGAACAAGCCGGCCAUCUUCUCGUUUGUCAUCUACCAGAUAACGGGAUUCGUCUUAUUAACAAUGAAAUACGUGCGAGAAUCAACGAUACAAGCGUUUAUGUACAACGAAUUCACGAUCAUGGACAUCAGCAUUUCGUCACCAUGUCUAUUACACAGUUACCUUCUGGUGAUCAUAUUGUUGAUCGUCUUCAUCCAGUACCAUCCAAAUGCUUGCCACCAGUACCUAUUAAAGAUUUGUUCAGUCUAAAAAAUGUUGGAUAUUUAGUUCACAAUGAGAUACGCAAAGCAUUAGACAAUCGCCGUUCGGAACCAUGGACGAAAUGGUUUACCUAUGAAUUUGAUCGACGAUCAUGUUCUAUUACUAUAUGGGGUAUGGAAUCUGAUAGAAUAAUCAUUAAAACGAUUGUUCAAUCGAUGUUCGAUGAUGCAAGAGCAAAAUUGUCUGCGAUAACUGAUUCGAUUGAGUGUGGCCCUAUUCGAGCAUCCUUUAGAAGUGGUUUAUUGUGUUCAAAUAUUGAAACUAUGGAUAACACACUUCGUCUCUACCUGCAGCAUGUACCUUGCAAGAAUUUUACUGAAUUGAAGAAGUGGCUUCAAACAAAUCUUGGCAUCGAUCUUUAUCAUAUUAAAGAAAAUAACUUUCGUCAACGUAAUGCUAAUGAUGAUAGAGAUGUAAGAUACGAAGCACCACCGUUCUUUAUUGUUUUCAAAUCAGCCGAAAUGUUUAAUAAAGCAAAGGGACGAGUCCCGCGUGAUUGUGUUUGUUCACAAGAUACGGUGUUGUUAUCGUCGACGAUGGGCAUACGUAUGGAUCAAAAAGAUACUUGGGGUCGACAGUUAAUCAUUACUAUGAAUCGAUUGUAUGAAACGAAGACUUCGGAACAAAUUUUAGAAAGAUUAACUCCACAUGUGAUCGAUUGUCGAGAACGUGGCAAGAAAACUCGAUCACUACAACCAGCUCUUCGACUGACUAAUUUGCCAGAUAGUACUAACGAAUCGACCAUACAUCGAAUUCUUCAUCGAGUGAAACCAGUAAAAAUCAAUCUCUACCCUGCAAAUGCCGAUGGAACAGGUUCUUCAACAGCCAACAUUUUCUAUGAUAACGAACAGCAACGUGAUCAAGCUCGUUUGAUCCUUCAAUUGGCUCUAUGCGAUCAACCAAUUCAGAUUACGAUUCGCAAGAAACGAAACGGUAUGUUAACUGAAAAGUGGGUGAUGCCAACUGUAACGAAUCUGGUACCAAAAGAAUCUCUGACACAAUCAUUCAUCAUAACAGCUAUUAAUCGAGAAGCAGCACUAAAGCUUUACAACGAAAUUAUUCCUAAGCUGGAACCUCUCUGGAAAGUCGACAGCACAGCUACAGUGACCGUUUUACAGUCCGAUUUAUAUCCGUACUUUGAUAAACUUGUGGAAAACAUCGCCGCUCAAUUCGACACUCACGUUGAACAACAACCAUUCGACCAGAAACGUGGCAAUAAUGGCAGUGAUAGCGAUAAACGUUGCAUCUUUAGUGGUGCACCUCCGUCCGAAACUGCCUUAGCAGCAGCAAUGCUUGCUCAAGCAACAUCUCCCAUUGUUAUUAGGAUAACUAACGAACGACAAAAACGCCUGUUUAGUGAGUUACUCGAUGAGAAAUUGAUUGAAACUUGGUGCCAUCGAUUGAAUCUCAAACUCACUGAAAAGAAUACGUCGCGCACCGUAUUGGAAAUUCGUGGCCCCCAAAUUGAACAAGGUCAACUGAUGCGUGAAAUUGCUGACUAUUCCGAUAAAUUUGAAGAACGGUUUCGCGUACACGACUUAAGUACAACAAUAGGAAAUCUAUUCAAUCGACAAAAGACCGCUGCUGUUAAACUGGAUGAAAUUGCUCAAAAAUGGUCAAGAAGAGGUUGCGAUGUCUCGUAUCUUCGAAAGACGAAUUCACUUAUUAUUCAUGCGCAACCAAGAACAGCUCAAGUAGACAUUCGAACAUGCGAAACCGAAGUAAAACAAAUGCUUGCAGAACUUGCCGCUUCUGACGAUGUCAGUCGAGACAAGAGACAAUGUGUAUUUUGUCGACAAAUGUCAGCAUCCACUCGACUGUUUCGCAUCUGUGGACAUGCUUAUUGUCAAUGUGCGUCGAGCUCCUUAUCACAGAUGUUUCCAUUUCAAUGUCACGAACCAACAUGCAAGACAAGUGUUCAUAUUCAAGAUCUUCAAGAGAUAUUCACCGAUCGUGGAGAAUUGUCACGUCUUUGCAAACGAUCGCUUCAAGUGUAUUUGAAAGAACAUGCCAGUACGGAUGAUCGACUUUUCUGUCCCAAUGGUGAUUGCGAUGGAUUACUGAGAAGUAGUGCUGGAUAUCGAAUAUGUGUGGCGUGUGGACAUAAUGUUUGUGUCUCAUGUCGAAUUAUAGAUGACGAUCUUCACGAAGGACGAACAUGUGCUGAAAGAAGGACAAUUCGCUGCGAAAUGGGCGAAUUUCUCCCGAAAUUAUACGAAGCAGCAGAAAAAUAUGCGAAGAAUAAUUGGCCUCCUCAGUUACCACCGAUUAUUCGAAUUGAUCAUAAUUUACCGUUGUUUGAAGGAUGUUUAUCUUUGCAGCGCUUUUACAAAGCCGUCGAAACUGACGGUGAUCGUCCACCGCCGGAACUUUCACGUGGAUUCUUUGCUUUUCAUGGUACAACGAGCGAUAGUAUUAAGCCGAUUUGUACUUUUGGAUUCGAUCCAAAACGUCGACAUGGUCAAGUUCAUGGUCCCGGUGAAUAUUUUGGAGUGACAGCCAACGUAUCUGAUGGAUACUGUCGUGAGACGAAUGGUUGCGAAAUAAAGACUAUGAUUGUCGCAUUUAUUCUUCGUUGUCAUUAG